GGUAUAUUGGUUCCUGCCGGCCAGUUCCGGCAAAAGAAAUUUUAAAAGGAAAAAGAUGCUCAUUUGGCCCUGAGCAUGCGCUAUAGGGACCUUUCUAAAUCUCGUUUCAACAUGGCGGCCAGAUUAGGUGGAAGAGUUGCUCUAUUUAUAUCUCGAAAUUUAACGAAUAACUCAGCUGCAGGUCGGCGAUUUAUGACAAAUAAAACAAGUGGAUUUUCUAGUAAAACAACAACAGUUCCAUUUUUAUUCGGAGCUACACUGGGAAUUGGCAGUGUUUUAGGUGGUCUUCAUAUAGUAAAGAAAUUUAAUGUCGGAAAUAUAAAUUCCGGCGUCUUCACACAAUCACUUCAUGCUGCUAAAAAGGUAAAUCUAGAAUAAACUAUGAAAUUACUAAUUUACAAGUAGCAAAAAUAUGUU